UUUGUGGGUCGACGUUCGCCUUGGGUGAUGCGGCUGGGAUUCCAGGGGGCGGAGAGCGGCGGCGGAUGUUCUUCCGUGUUAGGGUGUGAGCUUGUGGGGGCCCCCGGCGCCAGUCAGGGAGGUGCUGUCGCGGCUCGUGGCGGAAGCUCUCUGCGGCACGGCGAUCUGGCGCCCAGGGCACACCUGGGGGCCGCCUCCUCUCUGGGGCUCAGAGCUUGCUAGCCGCAGGGUUGUGGCUGUCGGAGGAGGCUGCAUGCGGUGCGGCAUUUGUUCGGGGCUCAGAGAUGAGCUGUUUCGGGGUUCACGUGCAGGGGUCUGUGGGGGCUCACGGGGGUGCCGCCCCGAGCGCUCGGGGCGCCGGGGCGAGUGUGGGCCGCGCCUGGAGGCCCGGGGCUUGGCCGGGGCGUGCUGAGGCCGGACCUCGGCUGCUGCCGCAGACGCCAGGUGCUGGCUUCCCAGGAUAAGAGGGAUCAAGGGGGAAAGGAAGAGAAGAUUCCAAGACUUAGGUAACGUCAUUUCUGGGGAAACCCUUGAUUGGAGACUGAGAUUUUUGAACAAGAAAUUUAGAGCUGAUCCAGAAGAGCUAAAGACCGAGAAUCCAAGUUAGCAGCUAUUUCCCAAAAUCAGAAGAAGAUGAUCCAAGCCCAGGAAUCCCUGACAUUUGAUGAUGUGGCUGUGGACUUCACCUGGGAGGAGUGGCAGCUCUUGGUCCCCGCUCAGAAGGACUUGUACCGGGACAUGAUGUUGGAAAAUUAUAGGAACCUGGUAUCAGUGGGGUAUCAAGCCAGCAAACCAGAUGCACUCUCCAAGUUGGAACGAGGAGAACUUUGGACGCUAGAAGAUGAAAUCCACAGCCGAAUCUGCCCAGAAAUCAGGAAAGUUGAUGAUCCUCUGCAAUGUCACUUGCAAAAUCGAAGCAUUCAAAAGAGUGUGAAACAAUGCUGUGGACAUAAUACAUUUGCAAAUAUUCUUAAUCAGAGUGAAAGUCAUUUCCUGUUAAAGCAAAAUUAUGAUAUGUUUGACUUACUUGAAAAACCGUUAAAAUCAAAUUUAAGUUUUAAAAGCCAGAGUAUAAACUGUAACUCAAAGAACUCUACUGAAUUUAAUGAAGAUGGAAAAUCUCUUCUGCAUACUAACCAGGAACAAUUUUAUAGUGUAAUAAAAUUUCCUGUAAGUGUAAAACCCACCAACAAUAAUUCCCAGGUCAUUGAGCAGCAGAGAACUCCGAAGAUGCGGAGAGCCCAUGUAUGCUGUGAAUGUAGGAAAGUCUUCGUCAAGGUGUCUCAGCUCAUUGAUCAUCAGAGAGUUCAUACUAGAGAGAAACCUCAUGGAUGCAGUCUGUGUGGGAAGGCAUUCUCUAGAAAAUCCAGGCUAACAGAACAUCAGAGAAUUCAUACAGGACUGAAACACUAUGAAUGUACUGAAUGUGACAAAACAUUCCUCAAGAAAUCACAGUUCAAUAUACACCAGAAAACACAUAUGGGACAGAAGCCUUAUACAUGUAAUGAAUGUGGGAAAGCGUUCAUCAAGAAGUGUCGGCUUAUUUAUCAUCAGCGAACUCAUACAGGAGAGAAGCCCCAUGGAUGCAGUGUAUGUGAGAAAGCCUUCUCUACAAAGUUUAGUCUCACUACACAUCAGAAAACUCAUACAGGAGAGAAACCUUAUAUAUGCAGUGAAUGUGGAAAAGGCUUCAUUGAGAAGAGGCGUCUUGUUGCACAUCAUCGAACUCAUACUGGUGAGAAACCUUUUAUAUGCAAUGAAUGUGGGAAAGGUUUCACCUUGAAGAACAGUCUUAUCACACAUCAGCAAACUCAUACAGAACAGAAAUUAUAUACAUGCAGUGAAUGUGGAAAAGGCUUUUCAAUGAAGCACUGUCUCAUCGUACAUCAGCGAACUCAUACAGGAGAGAAACCCUACACAUGCAAUGAGUGUGGAAAAGGCUUCACCUUGAAGAGUCCUCUUAUCAGGCAUCAGCGAACACAUACAGGAGAGAAACCCUAUGUAUGUAGUGUAUGUGGAAAAGGCUUUACCAUGAAGAGUGAUCUCAUUGUACAUCAGCGAACUCAUACUGCAGAGAAGCCAUAUAUAUGCAAUGAUUGCGGGAAAGGCUUCACUGUGAAGAGCCGUCUGAUUGUACAUCAACGCACUCAUACAGGAGAGAAACCUUAUGUAUGCAGUGAAUGUGGAAAAGGCUUUCCAGCAAAGAUACGGCUGAUUGGACAUCAACGAACUCAUACAGGAGAAAAGCCCUAUAUAUGCAACGAAUGUGGAAAAGGCUUCACAGAGAAGAGUCAUCUCAAUGUACAUAGGCGCACUCAUACAGGAGAGAAACCCUAUAUAUGUAACAAAUGUGGCAAAGGCUUAACUGGAAAGAGCAUGCUGAUUGCACAUUUGCGAACUCAUACUGGGGAGAAACCGUAUAUAUGCAAUGAAUGUGGAAAAGGCUUCACCAUGAAGAGUACUCUAGGUAUACAUCAGCAAACUCAUUCUGGGGAGAAACCAUACAAAUGCAAUGAAUGUGAUAAAGCCUUCAGGAAGAAGACCUGCCUCAUACAACAUCAGAGAUUUCACACAGGAAAAACUUCCUUUGCAUGUACUGAAUGUGGAAAAUUUUCUUUGCGUAAAAAUGAUCUCAUUACCCAUCAGAGAAUUCACACAGGAGAGAAACCAUAUGAAUGCUGUGAAUGUGGGAAAGCCUUCACUACAAAGUCAGGGCUCAAUGUUCAUCAAAGAAAACAUACAGGAGAGAGGCCCUAUGGAUGCAGUGAUUGUGGGAAAACUUUUGCCCACUUGUCAAUCCUUGUUAAACAUAAGAGAAUUCACAGGUAGUCACUUUGGGAUAACCUGUUGCCAGUGAUAGGCCCUCAAGAUAAUAGUAUGUAAUGAAGAAUAACAAUGCAAAGAAUAGUAUUAUCUUUAGUGGUCAAUUGUGUCAUGUUUUAUGUUGAUGAAAAAAUUUACAAAACAACUCACAUACAAUCAGCCUUGAUGAAAAUAUUUUAGGACAUUAUACAUCUAAAAAGUGUAGACUGAAAUAGAUUCUAUGAAUGUGACAGACUAGGAAAGCCGUCAGUGGGAAGUAGAUGCUAUCACGUGAUCAUCACAGAUAAUGAAUGAAUAUUUCUAAUUGGUAGAACUAUAACUGUGGGAAAACCUCUGCCCAGAAGUAAGACCUCAGUAGAUGUCAGUUCACACUAGACAAGUACUUUCCUGUGGCAAUAAAUAUAGUAGGGCUUGAAGUAAUAUAUUUGCCAGGAAAUCCAUACAGAAAUAAUUUAGGAACACAUUCAAUGUGGUGGACUUUAGCAAAAUAUCAGACAACUUAAAGGAAAGAAGCUUUGGGGAAAUGAUGAAUGAGAGCAUUCUGUCAUGUCUAAAAAUAAUUAACGGAUAAUACACCUAAACAUAAUUAAUGGAUAAUAUGCCUCACAAGCAUGCAGAACAGGAUACUUUGGCUUUAUUUCUGAUUGCCUUAUCAUUGGUUUUAUAAAUUUUAAAUAGUGGCAGUUACUCUCAACAUGAAUUAAAUUUUAAUAUGUACAAUGCAGGAGUGUUCCAUGCCUGUGUCAUUAUAUAAUUAACUUUUGAAUUUCUUUAGUUCCAAGUUUAGUUGUUAUUACAGAAUACUUGAAGUUCUUCAAAAUGAAGUAAUAUAUUCAUUUCAUAUGUAUAACUCAAUGUAUUUGGAUGUUUAGCCAAGUUUAUAAGCAGCAUCAAUUUUGAAUUUGAAAUAAGUUUAGAAUCAUAAAAACUGGAAUAUUUCAGGGAUUUCCUAAAUGCCCUUCAGCCAGCUACUUCCAAAGGUAAAAUUUUACAUAACCAGAGUUCAUUACCAAAUAGAGGAAAGUGAAAUUAUUAUAAUGCUUUUAACCACAAGAUUUACUUGGAUCUCACCAGUUUUGACAUGGACUCAUUUCUGUUUGGUUUUUACGUACAGUUUUAAGAAACUUUAUAACGUGUACGUUUGUGUAACCAACACCACAGAAUGUUUUGUCUACACAGACUUCCUCAUGCAAACCCUUCAUAGUCACAUUUUUCUGUGAACCUAACCCCUGGCAUCAGAGAUUCUGUAAGUUUGUCAUUUGUAGACUAUGAGGAAAGUAGAAUCACUUAGCACUUACUCUUUGAAGUUGGCUAUUUGACCUUGUGAGAUAAUAGAAAAUAUAUACAUUGGUCUCUGCCCCUGGUUCCUGGCACACACUCCUAAAACCCUUGUAAAUUACUAAGUGAUGAGUGCACUAGGGGCAUUUUUUAUUCUAAUGAGGCAACCCUGGGUGGGCUCUCCUGUACGGCUUCUGGAUGGGGACUUGUCACCAGAGAGACUAAGCCAUAGAAGCUUAGAACUUUCAGCCAUGCCUCCCCUCCCCACCUUCCCCCCAAUCCUCCAGAAAUGGGAGAAGGAAAUUGAGUUAAUAAUUGAUCAAUUCUACCUGAGGAAGCCUCCAUAAAAUCCCCAAUGGUAGGUGAACAUACAGGUAGGUGAACACAUUCAGGUACAUGGAGGGUAACAUACCACAACUCUGUGGGGUUAGAAGCUCCUGUGCUUGGGACCCUUCCAGGACUUAUUCUGUGUAUGUCUUCAUCUGGCUGUUCACCUAUAUUCUUUAUCAUAGCCUUUAAUAAACUGGUGUAAGUGUU